AUGUCACACGUUCACGGCAAAGGCCGCGCUCGCGGAGCCUCUAUCGAUAUUUUGUUGCCCAAGUUGGCUGCACAGCGCAGCUGUUUUACGGAUGGAAGGGACAAAGACUCAGGGCAGUCCAAAAACGAGACCGUUACUGCCACCAUACCGGUUGACAGGCAUCUUUUUCCGGACGGUUCCUGUGGCGCGACAAUGCAGGACAUGAAGCUCACCUGGGGUUCAAACAAUCAACCUUCAUUCAAUCUUUCCCUGACCUUUUCCAAGCUGCCCAUGUCAGCCUCAGGCAAGGAGGAGACUGUCGUGAGCUCGGUCUUGUUCGUAUACAAUGUCAGUGACCUUCUCUUCCCGGACAUCGGUGAAAUUGGUACGUCGUUUCGCUUGCUGUGCACACCCCCUCUUUCUUGGAUCGGGUUCAGGGCGAGUUAA